AUGGGUCUGAAACCUACGGAUAUCUACCUGAUUGCCUACAAUGCGCUUUGCUGCGCUGGCUGGGCGCAAGUGCUGAUUGGAGCCCUCGAGUAUUUGUACUUCUCCUACCAAGAUGACAAUUUCAAGUUGGGAUUGGAGACUGUCUUCUUCUCGGGAAAGCUUGACUAUUUGAUUAUUGUCCAACUCGCCGCUGUUCUGGAAAUUGUCCAUGCUGCGGUGGGAUUGGUCCGGAGCCCUGUCAUGGUCACGACCAUGCAAGUGAUGAGCCGUGUGGUGGUACUUUUCCCAGCCGUCUUUUCCAAUGGAGCCACCCAAUAUGGAGCCGGAUUGAUGGUUUUGGCUUGGUCCAUGGUGGAAGUUCCUCGCUAUGCUUUUUACAUUAUGGCAAUUUGGAGUGGCGAUGCUACCAAGGGAACUCCUUAUCCUCUGUUUUGGCUACGUUACUCGCUGUUUGCCAUCCUUUAUCCCAUGGGAAUUUUUGGAGAAUUGACUGUUUGCUUGGCAGCCGCCAAAGAUACACAUUUUGCACUAUCCUAUGGAUGGGCUCCCUUUGCGUAUGGCACUUUGUUGCCCGUUAUUUACUUUUUUGGAAGCCCUUUCAUGAUUUUUAACAUGUAUUCCAACCGUGUCAAUGCUAUGAAGAAGCGAUUCGCCAGACCCCCACCGCCUCCUCGUGGAGUUUCCUGGCCAGAAGACGAAAAAGGUCAACGUUCCUCUACCAAUGUCAACAAGGCAAUUUUGGCUGCAGCCGUUGGUGCCGUCAACAAGGACAAAGAAGCUGCCGUAAACAAAACUAGGAGCUGGCGUUUUGGAUAUGUCAAGCAUUUGGCUGCCAUGGUAGAAGAACAGUGCAAGUCUCCAGAGGCUGCCCUGAAAAUUGCUCAAGCCGGUUUGGACAAGGCUUAUGAUGUCUUUGAAUUUAUUGCUCCCGACGGUUCGGCUGUCAGUCUCCGAGAGGCUAUGGAAUCCAAACCCACCGAAAAAUUUCACACUGCCUAUAUCCAGGGUGAAGGAAAGAAAACCGAUAAGAACCAGCUGGAAAUUCCCUACGAUGAACGCACUUUGCGUGGUGACAAGCUCAAGAAACAAGUCAAAGAAUGGGUUGACUAUGGAACCAUCGAACCGAGUGCCGGAGAUGCUAUCAUUAGCUGUGUGGAUCACCCCGAAUAUUUGGACUUGUCGGAUCGCUACUUUGUUCUUUUGGGAGCUGGAUCGGCUAUGGGGCCGUUCCUGGUGUUGAUGGCAUUGGGCGCAAAUGUAAUUGCCGUUGAUUUGGACCGUGAUUUCAUCUGGAAACGUUUGAUCAAGAUUGCCCGACUUUCGUCUGGUUCCAUCACCUUCCCCCUCAAAGUGCCCCAGGACGAGUGCAAAACCGAUGAUGAUCUUUUCAAGAAUGCUGGCUGCAACUUGUUCACUCACACACCAAUGAUCCGUGACUGGCUUUUGGAUUUGUACCCUGGCAAGGAUUUCACUGUUGGUAGCUACGCGUAUUUGGAUGGUGCUCGUCACGUUCAAGUAUCGUUGGCCAUGGAUGCUAUCUGCAAGGAUUUGAGUGAAAAGAGAAAAGCAAGUUUGGCAUACCUUUGUACUCCCACCGACUUGCACCUAGUGCCCAAGGAAGCCUACGAAGCAGCCAAGGCGAAUUACAAGUCCUACUCCAGUCGCAUUUUCUGUAUGAUUAUGAACACUCUCAGUCAGGGCAAGCUCUUGAGGAAGAACUACCGUGCACCCAUCAAGGUCGGGGAUGAGGAAUUCUACUUGUUGAACGGAAUCAGUGUUGCCCAAGGUCCCAACUACGCUUUGGCCAAGAGAAUGCAGCAUUGGCGUGCCAUCAUUGCUCGUAGCAAGGGAUGCAUCGUGUCUUCCAACAUUGCCCCAUCAACCUCAACUGUUUCCGUGGUGCACAACCGUACGUUUGCCUGGGCCUACGAAGGAAUGCCAUACUUUGAGCCAUACGAGAUCUUUGCCCCCGAGACAUCCAACGCUGUGAUGAGUGCCAUUCUUUUCAAUGAUUUGAACGACCCCAAGAGCGUCGCCAACCCCAAAACAAAGGUCUCCAAUCCCAACCAGCUGUUCUCCUACAACUCAUUCCACGGCGGAUUGUGGCGAGCCGCUUACGAAGUUGACAGCAUUGGUGAAACCAGUGUGUUGAUCUACUUCUGGCGUGCAUCCGCUAGCUACAUUGCUUUCGUUGUGCUGUCCUACCUCGUUUUCUGGUGCAACUACGGAAAGCUCUUUGGAUUGACUCAAGAAGAGGCUUAA